AGGGACGUGGGCUGGCAGCGCAGGAGGGCAGGCUGCUGUCACCCGCGCCCCAGCAGCUGCCCCGCGGGGCUGGGCCCGUGUCACCCGCUCUCCGCCGCGGGGCCCUGCCGCCACACCGGAGCGCCCGUAUCUCGGGGCUGCCACCCCCCCUCUUCAGCCGGAGCGCCCAGCGCAUCCUCGGCGGCGCCCACGCAGGCACCGGCCAGCGCCCAGCCCCGGCCGGCCGCUCCCCGGGCCGGGGGGAGGGGGAGGUGGCGCGGAGCCCUCCGCCCCCUGCGGCGGGGCGGGGGGCCGAGGCGUUAGGACCCGGCGGCGGCUGGGCGGUGCGGGGCCGGAGCGGAGCGGGGGGAGCCGCCGCCUCUCCCCUCCUUCCUCCCGCGGCCGCCCCAGCGCGCCAGGCAGCGCUCCCAGGCUCCCCCGGGGCGCUCGGCAUGAGGAGGAUCAGGGCCAAUGCCAUCGCCAUCCUGACGGUCGCCUGGAUCCUGGGCACUUUCUACUACUUAUGGCAGGACAGCAAGCCCCGCUCGGCGGCCGCCGGCAGGUCGGGCGGCAGCGGCGGCGGUAGCGGCGGCGGGCGGAGGGCGGCCGGCAGGCUGGAGCCGCGCCGGGAGCAGCGCACCGUGCCCCGCAGCAUGACAAGGGCUCCCCCAGGAGAGAACAGCCGGAGGGGUUUUGACGAAAAGGCUUACUUGUCCUCAAAGCUGCUGAAGGCCGGAGAAGACCCCUACCGCCAGCAUGCUUUUAAUCAGCUAGAGAGCGACAAACUCGGCAGCGAUCGGCCCAUUCGGGACACCAGGCACUACAGGUGCACUUCUGUGCGCUAUGACACAGACUUGCCAGCUACCAGCCUCAUCAUCACCUUCCACAAUGAGGCGCGCUCUACCCUGCUCCGCACGGUGAAGAGUGUUCUGAACCGCACCCCUCCCAGCCUCAUCCAGGAGAUCAUUUUGGUAGAUGACUUCAGCUCAGAUCCUGAUGACUGCCAACUCCUUACCAAGAUCCCAAAGGUCAAAUGUCUACGAAACACCCGGCGAGAAGGGCUGAUUCGCUCUCGGGUGCGAGGAGCUGAAGUGGCUACUGCUGACAUCCUCACCUUCUUGGACAGUCACUGUGAAGUCAACAGUGAGUGGCUGCAGCCAAUGCUUCAGAGAGUAAAAGAGGAUUAUACACGCGUGGUGAGUCCAAUCAUUGAUGUUAUCAGCCUGGAUAAUUUUGCCUACCUGGCAGCAUCAGCAGAUCUGAGGGGAGGGUUUGACUGGAGCCUUCACUUUAAGUGGGAGCAGAUUCCUAUAGAGCAGAAGAUGUCCAGAACAGAUCCAACUCAGUCUAUAAGAACCCCUGUCAUAGCAGGAGGCAUCUUUGUGAUCAACAAGUCCUGGUUUAACCACCUGGGAAAAUAUGAUAUUCAAAUGGACAUCUGGGGAGGAGAAAAUUUUGAACUCUCUUUCCGAGUGUGGAUGUGCGGUGGCAGCUUGGAGAUUGUUCCCUGCAGUCGAGUGGGACACGUGUUCAGGAAGCGUCAUCCCUAUGACUUCCCUGAGGGCAAUGCAUUGACUUACAUCAAGAACACCAAGCGCACAGCAGAGGUGUGGAUGGAUGAAUACAAGCAGUACUACUAUGAGGCCCGGCCAUCUGCCAUUGGGAAGUCAUUUGGAAGUGUUGCAGACCGAGUGGAGCAGCGACGCAAACUGAACUGUAAAUCCUUCCAGUGGUAUCUGGAGAACGUCUAUCCCGAGCUCAAGAUUCCUGAAAAGGAGUUGAUUCCAGGAAUAAUUAAACAAGGAGGAAAAUGCCUGGAGUCUCGGGCACAGGAUACCACAGGGAAUACGUUGGCUGGCAUGGGAAACUGUAAAGGGACAGCGAGCAAUCCACCUGUCACUCAGGAGUGGGUUUUCAGUGACCCUUUAAUUAGACAGCAGGACAAGUGUCUUUCCAUUACCUCCUUCUCCACUGGCUCUCAAAUCACACUGGAAGCCUGCAAUCAGAAAGAUGGCAGACAGAAGUGGAAGAUGAAAGGCAGUUUCAUUCAACACUUCGUCAGCGGUCUCUGCCUGGAAAACCAGACCAGGAGAGUGGUGACCAACCCUUGCCAAGCAGGUGUACCUGGCCAGCAGUGGGAGCUGCUACAAGCAACAUGAUGGUAGCACAGAGAUCUCCUUGUUUCUCUGUGCAUGAGACUUUGGGAACAGAGGGGGAUUGGGAAGGGAGGAAUGAUUUUAUAUGUCUGACCCUAAGUGUUUUCAUUGUGCCCAUCAGCAAGCCACCAUUUCAGCUGAGCACUUGGUGUUUUUGAGCUUUUCAAAGAAGCUGGGGGUGAGAGGGAGAUGAGGAGAGUUGUUGAAAUCUUCCCAUCUGUUGUCUUAAGUUCUCCUUUGUAGCUGAUGUCCAUGCACAGCUGCACCUAGAGAGGAGGGAGGACCCAGCCCAAUACCUGGAGUGACCUGAACUGCCUUGCAGCUCUCCCCAUCCAUUCCUUUCUCUGCACCCAGAGUCCACGACGAUGCUUGUACAAACAUUGGUAGCUCUUUGGCUUUCCUGGCUUUUCCCUCUAACAUCAUGCAUCAUUUAUGCAUGUGUGUGUCUCGGUGAGGACUGGCCAGAAGAAGAGUCACCAUGAUGAGUGAAAGGGCUGGAAAGGAACUAGCAGACCCCAGGAGCAGGUUUGUAACCUCUUUGUGGUGGGCCCGUUCCUUCAUCUGCCUGCAGUAGCCUCCCCACAGCCACAUGGGCUGAGGUUUGCACAAUGCUGACAAGAGAGCUGGAAAAGGAACAAUUAUGUUUUAUCAGCAUAACCAGGGGUUGUUUAGGGGACUAUUCCCUGCUGAAUUCCUGCUUUCAGUUUUUCACAAGUGGAAGGCCAGCCCUGCCUCCACAAGUGAUCCAAGCCUGCAGGCAGCGCAGCUGGACCUGGGUUCAGGGUACCACACUCCUGAAGAGCUGGUCAGAGAUGGAUGCCUACAGUUUGGGGUGCUGGGGAAGCUGGGACCAUUCUCUGGCUGCUCUUUCUCUGGUGCUACCAGACACUGCCCACUGCAUCCCACACUGAAGGUGAUGCACAGAGCUGUGUGGGCAACGCACACUGACAGUGCCGCUGCACUUGUCUCAGGCCUGUGGCAGGAGCCCUCCCAGUUCCUGGCUGUGAAAGGCAGAAGGGCACAGCCCCUAUGUCAUUGCAGGCUUCCCGCUGCCGGCUAGGCAAGAGCACAGCCCUCUUGCUGGCUCUGCAGGGCCCUUGUGAACACAGGGUGGCAUGACAAGCCACCCAAUCCUGCUGUCUAGUUGCUUUUUACCUGCUCUUAGAAAGAGGAGGCAAAAAGGCCUGGGACUGCUCCCAUUGCAACACCCAGCUCUCCUCCCUGUAGGCACCUUGGGGAGGUUAGCUGGUGAAGCUGAAACUGCCCCCUGCACAAAUGCUGUCACAGUACAGGCCUGCCCUGAGAGAUUGCUCCUUUGUGUUCUGGAGAUACCAAAGACAGCUCUAGCUAGCAUCCAGUCCUGCUCCCAGUUACCAGUUGGCUGUAGCUGAGUGUGGGUUUUCAGACUUGCCAGGGUAAGUUUACCUAUUCAAAUUAAAAAAAAAUAAUAAAAUCCCACAACCUUACCUUUUUCUACUAGGUCUGUUAAAUUCCCCUCUUGGACUGGGUUUUGUAAACCAGUCCUCUUCUCCAAGAGCCUAGCAGGGGAGCCAGAUGUGGGGCCACCUUCAGGAGGCAAUUGAUUGCCUGGAUUCUUUCUGAUCUGGUGUAGAAGAAACAGGAUGUUCAUUUGGAUUCUAACAGCUGGCUGCUUUUGAUCAUGUCUCUAUCCCUUUUUAAUUCUCUUUCCUAGCUUGGUAUUAGCCCAAACAGUUGACAAAAGAACAGAUACUGUUCUUCAAAUGUUGCAUGCACUCAGAAGUGUUUGUGUGAGAACUGGAGGAUUUGUUUUCUGUCCUCGGUUCUUUAUUUAAAAACUAAAUCAUUCAUAUGGCAGGAGCUCUUUUCCUGUUUCCCCCUUCACUCUGACAUCAGCUCACUAUCUCAACACCAAUUAACCAGAUGAAUGACCUGCCCAAUCUGUGAAAACUCAGGAGGCAAUUCCCUUUGGUCCCAAGCGUACAGCAUGGUGCAGCCACACUUCUGUGUGGCAAGAGGGGCACUGACUCUGCAGAGAUUUCUCUUUUCCUGUAUAGAAUUGCUUUGGGCCUGAAUGACUGAGGCCAGGAAAGAGCAGAGAAGGAAAGAAAAUAGUAGGAACAGAAAGAGGGCAGGAAAGACAAAUCCACUGGGGGAGAGAUGCCAUCCUGCUAGCAAUUGCUUUUCUAUACAACAAUAUGCAGGAGAUGCUGCUUCCAGAACAGCAUCAUUAGGCAGUGGGAGACAGGAACAUUCAAGUUCUCACAUACUUAGCUUGAAAAAAGUUGAUGCAAAGACAGAUGAAAGGCCGUUGAGCAGGUACUGUACAUAAGCUCUGUAUACGAUGAAGUGCUGAAGGGUUAUGUAUUUUCAUCGAAAUGCAUCGUAAGUGCACGAUCUGAGCUUCCUCCGUUUCACUCACCAGCAGCUUAAGGGUUGCAUCUAACAGCAUGUUCACUCCACCACCAGGUACUGCUUCCUUCCUCCUUGCUCCCACUGUGUGCGCAGCUUUCUUGCAGUUCCUUCUUCAAAACUGUGCUAGGAGUAGGACCCAGCUCCUCCACAAACAAUUCUCAUGACUGCUGCAGACCACGGAAGCUUUGCUCUCCAAGCUGUGGGCCAGCCCUGGUUCAGAGGGCUCGUGUCAGCACACUGGCUACUGCCCUUGACUUUGUGUUGGCUCCAGUGCUGGAGGCACCUCCAACGCAGUGGAGGUACCUGGACUAGCUGUGCUGAUCUGUGCCUCUCUUCCUACUGCUUACCGCCUGGCAGAGUGCGAGCUGGCCUCCGUUUGGGGCUGUGAGCUGGGGCAGCUGAAGACUGGACACUCUCCUUCUUCAGGUGCCCCAGCCUGGGGGAGAGAAGGGGAAAGGUAGACAUAUGCUAGAUGUCAAUAACUGAAAGUGCUCCUGGAGUUGGGGGCUACCAGAGUCCUAAGUCUGUGGUUUUGGACAUGUUCUCCUGAGGUCACUUCCCCACUGCUUACUCUGCUGUCAGCUAAAGCACUGCUCACAGGACCUCCCCGUAGGCCCAGUGCUGACAUCCCCCCACAUCAUCUUCUGGAAGCCAUUGGUUUUCAAUGGAUUUUAGCAGUUGCUGACAGGGAGGUGCAUUACAAAAGGUUUUUUUCAAGUGUGGGCAAACUAAGCUCCUCAGAACAAACAAAGUCUUGUCCAGAUUCAUUAUUAACAUACUUUCCACUUCCCCUGCACUGAAGAGAAGGAGGAACUGUGUUAAUCUGCGGUUUUUUCCCCCAGGGUCCACGCAGUGCUGUGUUUUGGAACAGGACUCCAGUGGGGUUUUUGGAAGCAAACUGGCUGAGCCCUCAAAUUUGGCCCAAUGAUUUGUGUCUUUAGCAGUCAGAAGAAGCAGCUGCUCGCCCUUGUUUCCCUGUUUACUUUAAACAGCCCCCUUGACUGUCAAGACAGAGCAUUUGCAUUGGUAAUACCUUUCAAGAAAACUGUUACUGUAUCAGAUGUUUUUUCAUGUGCUGUGAAACGGUGGGGGUUUAUUUAAGGGGAGCUGAAACUGCUGUUGUAAGAAAUAAAUUUCAAAAGGUUUAUUUUCCCCACUCACUUGUAAGUUGCACUUUGCCAGAUGUAAUUUAUGUGGAGCCCAGAUUUGUUUUCCCUUUUCUUGAAGAAAGCAUGUGCCAGAAUCUGUUUAAUGCCUGGAAUAAAAUCCACUUUGAAACAAG